AUGAAGUAUGACGAAACCAAAGAUCCUCAGGAACACCUAACGGCCUUCGAGGCCAGGAUGAACUUAGAAGGCGCGGCUAACGCUGUCCGAUGCACAGCUUUUCCGGUAACCCUAGCCGGGUCGGCAAUCAAAUGGUUCAACGCCCUCCCUAACGGAUCCAUAACCAGUUUCCACGAUAUCUCGCGAAAGUUCAUGGCCCAAUUUACAACCAGAAUUACUAAAGCUAAACACCCCAUCAGCCUACUAGGGGUCACACAGAAACAAGACGAGUCCACAAGAAAAUACCUCGACCGCUUCAAUGACGAAUGCUUAACGGUCGAUGGACUCACGGACUCCGUCGCAAGCCUCUGUCUAACCAACGGGCUCAUGAACGAAGAUUUUCGCAAGCACCUUACUACCAAACCAGUAUGGACAAUGCACGAGAUCCAGAACGUCACCAAAAAUUACAUCAACGAUGAGGAGGUCAGCCAGGUCGUCGCGGCCAACAAGCGGCAGCAUAACAACGCCCAACACGGCAACCCCGCACCCCGGCAUAACCCACCACACAGAGAAAUUCAAAGGGACCACCCCAAAACAACAAACACAAACCGACCACCCAGAAUCGGCAAGUUCUCUAAUUACACACCCCUAACAUCCCCAAUUACCGAAAUAUACCACCAAAUUGCAGACCGAGGUAUCAUCUCAAAAGCCCGGCAACUUAAAGAAAGAACGGGCGGCAAUAAAACCCUCUACUGCGACUACCACCGAGGUUUCGGACACCGGACACAAGACUGUUUCGACCUUAAAGACGCCCUCGAACAAGCCAUCAGAGACGGCAAGCUACCAGAGUUCGCCAAAAUCAUCAGAGAACCAAAACGAGCAGAAAGAGACAGGUCACCGGAUAGAGAAGGACGCAACUCGAGAUCGCAAAAACACCCGCCUAGGGAAAGCAUGGAUGACGACCCAACCAUAAUAGUAAACAUUAUCACGGGUAAAGAUGUAUCAGGUAAGUCAAAAUCAACACUAAAAAAGGACCUCAAAAUUCUGGCCGUCAAAAACCAAACCUCAACUAACACCGCCGACAACACGAUAACCUUCCUACCCGAGGACUGCCAGCACGGCACCUCAGCCGAUGACGCACCCUUUGUCAUCUCGGCAAGAAUCGGAACAGGACUGGUACGAAGAAUACUGGUGGAUACCGGCGUAGACUCCAAUAUCCUCUUCCGAGGAGCCUUCGACAAACUCGGGCUCCACAACAACAAUCUUCAAACGCACCGUAACGGCGUCACGGGACUCGGUGACAACUUCCUCAGACCAGACGGUUCCAUUACCCUCCCCCUUACCAUAGGGUCCGGAAACCAAAGAAAGACGAUUCUAUUCGAGUUCGUGGUCCUAAAAGACUCCACUGCCUACAACGUCAUCCUCGGAAGAAAAACAACGAACGACUUCCCCGCCGUCAUCUUUACCAAAUACCUCCUUAUGAAGUUCACAACGGAAGAUGGCUCCAUCGGCACCAUCCAUGGAGACCGGGAAAUCGCGGCAGAAUGCGACAACACCAGCUUAGCUUUACGGAAAAAAUCUCGCGACACAGCUGGGAUAUUCCUAACCGACCUGGACGCCCGGCAAGACGGCCAACCUAGGCCAGAACCCGAAGGCGACAUGGAAAAGCUACAAAUAGGGCAAACCAAGGACGAAUACACUUUCAUCAACAGGAAUCUCCCAGUUCCUAAGACAAAACAGGGACUUGUUCGCGUUCACACCAGCCAACAUGCCCGGAAUAGACCCUAA